AUGUCGAGCCCGAAGACUGCUCAAGGCAGGAAGUCAAGCACCAUGAGCUUCAAGUCUACCUCGACAGUCACCAUACGCGUUGGGAAGGCACCGGACACCGAGGAGUUCACCGCGCACGAGACCUUUCUCAUUUCCCGUUCGGAGUUCUUCCGGCGCGCCAUGAAUGGCAACUGGCAGGAGGCAGACACAAGGAUCAUCAGUUUCCCCGACGAUGAACCGGACACUUUCGCCCUCUAUCUGAAUCACCUCUAUACGGGACAGCUGCCUAUUGCAACCGAGACUGAUGAAGAGCUGAAGAAGCUCACAGCGGAUGACUUCAGCAAUUUUGUUACAAAACAGUACCACUCUGUUCUCCGCGUUUUCGUUUUGGGCGAGAAACUUCAAGACCUUUCGACCAAAAACGCUAUGAUGGAAGCUGCACUGGCCACCACCAAAUUGACAGGACGGAACGGGAAAUGGCAAGUCCCGACUGUGCAAACAGUCAACAUGGUGUACAACGGCACACCCUCGAGCAGUCUCGCUAGAUGUUUACUCGUGGAUCUAUGGACAGCAUUAUCCAUGUCCACCAUCUUCGAGAAUUUCGACCAGAUCCAUAAGGAUAUGCGAAAAGACCUAGGAAAAUCCGUAAGUGACCGUUACAAGGUCGUUUCCGCAAACAUUGGAAACAUCACAGAUGAGAAGGGUAUUGCUGCGUAUUUGGAGAAGUCAUAG